AUGGCAACAGUGGCUCUAGGUAGCAGUCUAAGUCCACUCAUUGAUAGAGAUCAUCAAACCUCCUCUUUGAUUAGUCCUUCAUCUGCCACAAUCUGGACGGCUUACCCAUCAGAUGGGAUUUAUACAACAUCGGGGUUUGGAGGGUUCACUGAACCAAGUGGCUCCGGCGAUACGUAUGUGGGUAACGUCGGCAAGCCCUAUGGAAGCAACAUCAUCAUCAUUCCGCCCGAACAAGCAAGUAAAUACAAAUAUGCCCUGACGGUAGAAUGGACGGGUGGUAUGGUAAUGCCUCGUCGUUCUUUCGCGCUGGCGGCCGGGCAAACGAAAUACGUUGCCUUUGCCCCAAACUCCCAGGGUGGUUGGGCCAUGACAAAAGCGGCAUCGAUCCCCAAAGAUCAAUAUGGCGGCUAUGCCUCUACUUGGGGGGAAUUCGAUUUUGGCUCCACCGAAAAUGAUGGCUGGUCUGGCUUCGACGUUUCUGCAAUUCAAGCUCAAUAUGCACAAUUAGAGGUCCAGGGCAUGCAAAUCUGCUCCGCUCUCAACAAAGGUCUCUGCUCAUACAUAACAAAGGGUGCAAAGGUUGUUCACAAUGCCUACAUUAUUCCACCGCAGAGCUCGGGGGCAUUGGGGGCAACCCUAUUGCCUGGCCCAGUUCGGUUAGCGGUGGAAAUCGGGUUUGAAGAGUGA